AUGGAUGCUCCAUCAACAACUCAAGUUCAACAAGUUCGUGAAAUAACACGGAUAGAACGAAUUGGUGCACAUUCGCAUAUCCGUGGACUUGGUCUUAAUGAUAGUCUUGAAGCACGUGCUGUUAGUCAAGGUAUGGUUGGCCAACUUAAAGCUCGUCGUGCAGCUGGAUUAAUUCUUGAAAUGAUUAAAGAAGGAAAAAUUGCUGGACGAGCUUUACUUAUUGCUGGUCAACCUGGAACAGGCAAAACUGCUAUUGCUAUGGGAAUUGCACAAGCAUUAGGCUCAGAUACACCAUUUACUGCUAUGUCUGGUAGCGAAAUAUUUUCAUUAGAAAUGAGCAAAACUGAAGCUUUAACUCAAGCAUUUAGACGUUCAAUUGGCGUUCGAAUCAAAGAAGAAGCUGAAUUUAUUGAAGGUGAAGUUGUUGAAAUUCAAAUUGAUCGACCUGCAACAGGAACGGGUGCAAAAAUAGGUAAAAUGACAUUAAAAACAACUGAAAUGGAGACAAUUUAUGAUCUUGGUCAAAAAAUGAUUGAAGCAUUAACUAAAGAAAAAGUUCAAGCCGGUGAUGUUAUUGCAAUUGAUAAAGCAAGUGGAAAAAUCUCACGUCUUGGACGAUCGUUUACUCGUGCAAAAGACUAUGAUGCUAUGGGACCACAAACUAAAUUUGUUCAAUGUCCAGAAGGUGAAUUACAAAAACGUAAAGAAGUUGUACAUACAGUAACAUUACAUGAAAUUGAUGUUAUUAAUAGUCGUUCACAAGGUUUUCUUGCAUUAUUUUCUGGUGAUACAGGUGAAAUUAAAUCUGAAGUACGUGAACAAAUUAAUGAUAAAGUUGCUGAAUGGCGUUUUCUUGCAUUAUUUUCUGGUGAUACAGGUGAAAUUAAAUCUGAAGUACGUGAACAAAUUAAUGAUAAAGUUGCUGAAUGGCGUGAAGAAGGAAAAGCUGAAAUUGUACCUGGAGUUUUAUUUAUUGAUGAAGUUCAUAUGUUAGAUAUUGAAUGUUUUUCAUUUUUAAAUCGAGCUUUAGAAAGUGAUAUGGCACCUAUUUUAAUUAUGGCUACAAAUAGAGGAAUUACAAAAAUACGUGGAACUAAUCAACAAAGUCCACAUGGCAUUCCCAUUGAUUUACUUGAUCGUUUAUUAAUCAUUACGACAAAACCUUAUGAACUUGACGAAAUUAAACAAAUUCUUAAAAUAAGAUGUGAAGAAGAAGAUGUCGAAAUAUCUGAUGAUGCACUUAAUGUAUUAACAAAAAUUGGAAAAGAAACAUCUUUACGAUAUUCUAUUCAACUUAUUACUCUUUCAAGUAUUAUUAGUCGAAAUCGAAAGGCUCGUGAAGUAGCAAUCGAGGAUGUUAAACGUGUUUAUGAAGUAUUUCUUGACGAAGCUCGUUCAAGUGAUAAUCUUAGAGAAUAUGAACAGUAUUUUAUGUUCAAUGAUCUUAGUAGUGAUAAACAAGAUACAGGAUCAACAAGAAUGGAAACUUGA